AUGAUGGAGAUGUCGCUGAUGGAGGCGAUGGUGAGCGGCGGCACCGGGGAGUCGAUCCUGACGUCGAUGAAGUUUGCGGUGCUGCCGAUCGCCAAGGUGUUCACAUUGUGCUUCAUGGGCUUCCUCAUGGCCACCAGGUACAUCGGCAUCCUCGACGCCAACGGCCGCAAGCUUCUCAACGGGCUAGUAUUUUCCCUACUACUUCCGUGCCUUAUAUUCACUCAGCUUGGACGAGCAAUUACAGUGCAGAAACUCUUAGACUGGUGGUACAUUCCUUUAAAUAUUGUUCUGGGGACAGUGUCUGGUUCUCUAGUAGGCCUUCUUGUGGCGUUCAUUGUACAGCCGCCACGUCCAUAUUUCAAGUUCACCGUUGUCCACAUCGCCAUAGGUAACAAUGGAAACAUGCCUCUUGUCCUCAUCGCCGCUCUCUGUCGAGACCCAUCAAACCCGUUUGGCGACCCUGAGAAAUGCAGGCAGGACGGCAACGCAUACGUCUCUUUUGGGCAAUGGGUCGGGGCGAUCAUCUUGUACAGCUACGUGUUUCAGAUGCUUGCGCCGCCGCCUGGUGAAACCUUCGAUGGAAGCAGGGUGGAGAAGCCCCCUCCCCCAGCCCUGGCUGCUGCACCUGAACAAGUUCCCCUGCUAACCUCGCGUGCGUCUGAACAAGCUCCCAAGUGCUCAAAAGCACUGCAAGUUCUGCACAUCUUUGUUCAGAAAUUUAAGCUGAAGCGAGUGUUUCAACCUCCUGUGAUUGCCUCGGCACUGGGCAUUUCCAUUGGAGCAACGCCAUCCCUCAAGCACUUGGUCCUGACUAACCACGCCCCCUUGUUCUUCUUUACUGAUGCCUGCAUCAUUCUUGGGGGGGCAAUGAUCCCAUGCAUCUUGCUCGCCCUCGGAGGCAAUCUCGUCGAUGGUCCGGGUGCGGGCAGCAAGAAGCUGGGACUGAGGACGACGGCGGCGAUCAUCAUCGGGCGGCUGGUGCUGGUCCCACCGGCGGGGAUGUGCAUGGUCGCCCUGGCGGACAGGUUGGGGUUCAUCCCGAGGGGCGACACCAUGUUCAAGUUCGUCCUCCUCCUGCAGCACUCCAUGCCCACCUCGGUGCUCUCCGGGGCCGUCGCUAAUCUGCGCGGGUGCGGGGAGGAGUCGGCGGCGGUGCUCUUCUGGAUGUACGUUUGCGCCGUCUUCUCCGUGGCCGGGUGGAUGGUGCUCUACAUCAGAAUGCUCUUCUGA